AUCCCAUUACAUUUUAGCUUUAUCAUGAAUACGGGGUCCACCCUCGCACCAAGUGAGUUUUUGAACGAACGCUAAUUAGUUUUCAUUCUUCUAAGAUCUGCUGCUCACUACUAUCAACAUGCCGCUGGAAAAUUAUACUCUCACUAUUCUUGGUUGCGGAACGAUGGGGACAGCUGUGCUGGCUGCUAUGCUGCAAACCAAGUUUGAACCUUACCCAGCGAAAAUCAUCUGCUGCACUAACUCUGAGAAGUCCGCCCUUAAGUUGAAAGAAACCUAUGGGGACAAGAUUGAAGUUUCUUUCGGUGCUGCUAACAAUGCCAAGGCCGUCGGGGAAGCUGAGGUCCUCAUGCUGGGAUGUAAGCCUUUCCUCUGUGAACAAGUGUACGACCAAGUCAAAUCCCAUCUACCAGGAGACCAGCUUGUGAUUUCUUUGCUGGCUGGCUGGUCAAUCGAUCAAUUGAGAAUAUGGUCACCUAAAGCCGGAAAAAUUGCUCGUGUGAUGACUAACACUCCUGCUAAGUUUGGCUGUGGUGUGGCCGUGGUGUCAUUCUCCGACGAGUGUCUUCCUCACGAGGAUUUCGUGCUGAAGAUUGUCGGCGGGGUUGGAACCGCCAUUAAGCUUCCCGAAAGAAACCAAGACGCCGCUACCGCAUUAGUUGGAUCGGGUGUCGCGUUUUCUCUGCUAUUCAUGGAAGCUCUGACAGAAGGAGGAAUCAGAAUGGGCAUUCCGGCUGCUAUUGCCCAAGAAUGUGCUGCUAAAGUGAUGGAAGGUACUGCCAAGAUGGUCAAAGAAACUGGCCAGCACCCAGGCGCCUUGAAACUUGCCGCUUGUACCCCUGGUGGCUGUACCAUUGGCGGCUUGUUGGUGAUGGAAGAUAAGGGAGUCAGGAGCGGUGUGAGUCGUGCGGUCGAGGAGGCUACCAACAUUGCCUCUCAAUUGGGUAAAAAGUAAUCUAUUUGUCUUCAAACUCCCUCAUAAUCUUUUUCAUUUCAAUUUCCUGUAGGUCCUUGCUGAGUUUUUCCUCCUCUUCCUCAUUGAGCUCGCCUCGUUCGUACUUAUCUUUUAACUCCAAAGCCCUCUUCUGCUCAUUUUUGGCUCUUUCCACUUUCUCUUCCCUCAACGAGCUGAAAAUCAAGACAGAAAACCAGAUCUCCAUAAAGCAGUAGCCAAAGAUCAACGAAUUGGAAAUUAUUGGGUUUCCUCCCAUGUAUGAGUAGAACACUAGAGCAAAGUGGACGAGGAGUCUCGUUGGGAUAGUGGCCUCAAAAUAACCGUGGUUCCCAUCCAGAAGAGGCACUAAAUCGCUCAGCGCGGUCAUGAACAAGAGCAAUGCCAGGGCCCCGUAGAUAGACGAUCCUUCUGUCGUUAACAAAAGGGGCAUAUUCAUGGACGAGGCAAGGAUAAUCAACCCUUCAUACUCAAGCACUGACUUGGGAUCUGUGAUCAAUAGAUAUGACACAAAUGCAUAGAAGGCAACUCUGAUAGAAUUCACGAGUUUAGA